AUGAAGGUUUACGCACUCUCAGAUCUUCGAUUUAUUUCCCCAUCUACUCUCAGAUCGUGGCUAGCACGUAAAUCUGAUCCAAAUCACGGAAGAUUAGCUAUCGUGGAUGUGCGGGAUUCGGACUAUUUUGGUGGACACAUCAAGGGAUGCUAUCACUAUCCCGCGGGAAACUUCCACGAGACAUUGCCUGAGCUCAGACAGAAACUUGUCGAUGACAAAGUCCAGGAUGUAGUAUUCCAUUGUGCCUUGUCACAGGUCAGAGGACCCAAAUCGGCACUCCGUUUCCUUCGCAGUAUUGAGGAGCUUGGAGCCGAAGAAAAGAAAAAGUUCGACGGCAUGAACGUGUGUGUGUUGAAGGGAGGAUUCACGAGCUGGCAACAAGAAUACGGAACAGACAAGGAAGUGACUGAAGAUUACGUCAAAGACUUAUGGGAGUAG